CCGCGAGACUCCACCCGGGCCGCCGCCUUCGCCCGCGCCGCGUGAUCCGCACCGGCCUCCGAAAGCCGCAAUCCCAGCCGCACCAACCGCCGCCAACCGCCACCGAGGUGCCCGAGGGAGAGCACAGGAGGCGGCAUGAGCGAGGCGGGCGAGGCCACCACCACCAUCACCACCUCCGUCCCGCAGGCUCCGGCGGAGGCGGCCGCCGCGGCGCCCCAGGACCCCGCGCCCAAGAGCCCAGCGGGCAGCAGCGCGCCCCAGGCCGCGGCGCCCGCCGCCCUGGUGGCUGGGAACCCCAGCGGGGACGCGGCCCCCUCAGCCACUGGCACCGCGGCUCCGGCCUCUUCAGCCACCGCCAGCAGCGAAGACGCGGAGAAAAAAGUUCUUGCCACCAAAGUCCUUGGCACUGUCAAAUGGUUCAACGUCAGAAAUGGAUAUGGAUUUAUAAAUCGAAAUGACACCAAAGAAGAUGUAUUUGUGCAUCAGACUGCCAUCAAGAAAAAUAAUCCACGGAAAUACCUGCGCAGUGUAGGAGAUGGAGAAACUGUAGAGUUUGAUGUGGUUGAAGGAGAAAAGGGUGCUGAAGCAGCUAAUGUGACGGGCCCGGAUGGAGUUCCUGUAGAAGGGAGUCGUUAUGCUGCAGAUCGGCGCCGUUACAGACGUGGCUAUUAUGGCAGACGCCGUGGACCUCCUCGUAAUUACGCUGGGGAGGAGGAGGAGGAAGGGAGCGGCAGCAGUGAAGGAUUUGACCCCCCUGCCACUGACGGGCAGUUCUCUGGGGCCCGGAAUCAGCUGCGCCGCCCCCAGUACCGCCCUCAGUACCGGCAGCGGCGGUUCCCGCCUUACCACGUGGGACAGACCUUUGACCGCCGCUCACGGGUCUUUCCCCAUCCCAACAGAAUGCAGAUCACCAACAAAUUACUGCUAAUGCCAGUAGGUGAAGAGAUCAAGGCUGGUGAGAUUGGAGAGAUGAAGGAUGGAGUCUCUGAAGGAGCACAGCUUCAGGGACCAGUUCAUCGAAAUCCAACUUACCGUCCAAGAUACCGUAGGGGGCCUCCUCGCCCACGACCUGCCCCAGCUGUUGGUGAGGCUGAAGAUAAAGAGAAUCAACAAGCGGCCAGUGGUCCAAACCAGCCAUCUGCUCGCCAUGGAUACCGGCGUCCCUACAACUAUCGGCGUCGCCCCCGUCCUCCAAAUGCUCCUUCACAAGAUGGCAAAGAGAUCAAGGCAGGUGAAGCACCAACCGUGAACCCUGCUCCGGCCACCGAGCAGAGCAGUGCUGACUGACCCCAGGCUCCCCAGGCACCUUCACCACCAGCAGGUGACCUAAAGAAUUAAUGACCAUUCAAAAAUAAA